AUAAAGAAAGAAAAGGAAUUGGACAAGAGCCGUAGAGGAGCUUAGGAAAGGGGGAGUGGGAAGUUACAGUAAAGGGUUGCAGAAAGGGCUGCAGCAGGCACCCAACCCCAACUCUGUUUUAUUAUUAUUUUAUCGAAAAAGCCAAGCACAGAAGCUGUGGUCUCCGUGCAUUUAACUCGGGUCCAGGCUCCCCUGACUCCAACCUCACCCCUCUCUCUCUCCCUCUCUGCCCCUGCCUCUGCAUCCCCAAGUCAGUCUCAGAGCAAUUCUCUUUCUUUGAAUCCGAAAUUCAAUAUCGGAGAGACCCUUCUCUCUUCUUUCCUCUCUCAGUCUAUUUUGAGUUCGCUGAGCUCAAGCAGAAGACAGAGCAUUCCAUCCAUGGCGGCCGGAGUAUCGACGGGCGCGAGCUCCGAAACGUUUCGUUUCUUGCAAAACUCGUUUGCCGGGCCCAAACCCACCUCCAUUACCGCUCCCACUAUGUUGUUCCUCCCUUCGAUUCGCCGCCGUGCCGCCGUCUCCCGGAAGCGGAGAAUGAAGACGAGCUUCGCCGUCUGCCUCGUCAUGGAGGACGAAAGGGACGGUGCCACCGCCGAGAUCGAAAGCGAGAAUCUCCAGAGCCCAGAAGAGAUGGCUAAUCAGAUUGGGGAUCUGAUCACGGCGGCACGCGUGGCGGAGAAGCUGUCCAGGAAGAGAUCAGAGCGUUUCACUUACCUUGUGGCCGCCGUCAUGUCCAGCUUUGGCAUCACUUCUCUGGCGGUUAUGUCCGUUUAUUAUCGUUUUUCAUGGCAAAUGGAGGGUGGAGAGGUGCCUUGGGCUGAAAUGUUUGGUACAUUUGCUCUGUCUGUGGGCGCUGCUGUAGGAAUGGAGUUUUGGGCGAGAUGGGCUCACAGAGCUCUGUGGCAUGCCUCCUUGUGGCACAUGCACGAGUCUCACCAUAAACCCAGAGAAGGUCCGUUCGAGCUGAACGACGUGUUUGCCAUUAUAAACGCAGUUCCAGCCAUUGCCCUUCUCUCCUAUGGCUUCUUCCACAAGGGCCUUCUCCCUGGCCUCUGCUUUGGUGCCGGGCUGGGGAUCACUGUGUUUGGGAUGGCCUACAUGUUUGUCCACGAUGGCCUCGUUCACAAGAGAUUUCCGGUGGGGCCCAUCGCCGGCGUCCCAUAUUUCAGAAGAGUGGCUGCGGCACAUCAACUCCACCACUCGGAUAAUUUUAAUGGGGUGCCAUAUGGGCUGUUCUUGGGACCUAAGGUACCUCCAACCCUUCACCCCUCGCCUGUCUCUCGCUCUCUCUCUCUCUCUCUCUCUCUCUCUCUCUCUCUCUCUCUCUCUCUCUCUCUCGUGUUUGGUAUCCAAGAAAAAAUAUACAGCAAAUUAUAUUUUGUUUUGUGGGUGCAGGAAAUAGAGGAAGUGGGGGGCCAUGAAGAAUUGGAAAAAGAGGUGAAUCGGAGAAUCAAAUCAUACAGUGGUUCAUAAUGAAUUGUACUGUGAAGGGUGCAGAGCGAACUAUAGUGUGAGAAAUGAAAUUAUUCCAUUUGUACUCUGUUUUCACCCAGGAGCGAAAGAGGAACUAUAUAAUGUAGAUUUUACUUUUUCUUUUUCUCAUGUAGAGGGAGAGAGAUAGGGGAAGGAGUAGGAGAGUGGAAAUUGAUUAAUGAUUGAAUUGAGAGAGUUUUCCACACUCUUUUCUUACUCUGUUUCUGCUCUGCUUUCCUUACUCUGUUUUACUGCUUGCAUCCCGAGGUCAACUGGCAAUAAAAUUUCAACCAUUUUCUACA